AGAAGUUGUGUGCGUUUCAAAUGCGGACUCCUCACCACCAUACAGAACGUCCUGCACCAAAGACCUGGCUGGGUUGAAGUCAAAGAUGAUGGAGAUUGGGAUUUCAACUGGUGUGACGUGGGCUGGCUCAGGGAGAAUUAUGAUCAUACGUACAUGGAGGAACAUGUGAGGGUAAACCACUUUCGCAACCAUUAUGAGCUGACUCGCAAAAAUCUCAUGGUGAAAAACCUCAAAAGGUACAGGAAGAGCCUUGAAAGAGAUUCUGGCCACACAGAGGCAUCCAAAUGUGAUUUCUUCCCCUGCACCUUUGCACUGCCCAGCGAGUAUCAUCUUUUUGUAGAGGAGUUCAAAAGAAUCCCUGGCAGCAUCUGGAUCAUGAAGCCAGUGGCAAAAUCCCAAGGGAAAGGCAUUUUUCUGUUCAGGAAACUGAAAGACAUCACGGAUUGGAAGAAGGAUGGCCCCCGCUCAGAGGAGCAGAAGGAUGCAGCCCAAGUGGAAAGCUACGUGGCGCAACGCUACAUAGAGAACCCCUACCUAAUUAAUGGCAGGAAAUUUGAUCUGAGGAUCUACAUUCUGGUCACCUCAUAUGUUCCCUUGAAGGCCUGGCUGUAUCGGGAUGGCUUUGCUCGCUUCUCAAGCACCCGCUUCUCUCUAAGGACCAUUGAUGACAAGUAUAUGCAUCUCACCAAUGUGGCUGUUCAAAAAACAGCACCUGACUACGAUCCUGAAAAGGGAUGUAAAUGGCAGAUGCAGCAGCUUCGAAGAUACCUGACUGCAAAGCACGGCACAGAGAUGAUAGGAACCCUGUUCAUAGAGAUGGAUAACAUCUUUGUACGCAGUCUCCAGAGUGUACAAAAGGUCAUCAUCAAUGACAAGCACUGCUUCGAGCUCUACGGCUACGACAUUCUGCUGGAUGAGAACCUCAAACCGUGGUUGAUUGAGGUGAAUGCCUCUCCGUCACACACCCCCAGUAGUCAAGAGGAUUACGAGAUGAAGUGCAGGCUGCUGGAAGACACUUUGAAUGUUGUUGAUAUGGAGGACAGGCUGACUGGCAAGGAGAAAAGGGUGGGUGGCUACGAUCUCAUGUGGAACGACGGCCCUGUCUACAGAGAGGAUGCCAACCCGGAAACAUUUGGGAGUUCGUGUUUCACUGCCAACACACACUUGGGGUGUGUGAAUGACAGAGACAAGCAGCUCCGUCAGCUACUUAAACCGUUUCCAGUCCAGAAGAAGAUGUGA